AGAGAGAGAGAGAUGGUCAUUUCAGGCAUCGUCAUUGUAGGAGGUGGAAUCUGCGGUCUUGCCACCGCCCUCGCUCUUCACAGGAAAGGAUAUGAAAGUCUAGUUGUUGAAAGAGCAGACUCUUUAAGAACCUCAGGAGCAGACACUAUAAGUGUCUACACGAAUGGUUGGCGAGCACUUGAUCAGCUUGGUGUAGGCAAGGAUUUAAGAGAAACAGCUCUUUUUCUAUGUGGGGUACGAGAUAUCUCGCUCGACAGAGGUUCCCGACGGGAAACAUCACUCAAUGGAGAGGAAUUUAGAGUAUUGAACAAAGGAGAUAUCAUUAGAACCUUGGCCAACAAUUUACCACCCAAUACAAUCCGAUUCGGAAUCGAUAUAGUAGAUGUCGAAUUGGACCCGAUAACUUCCGAUCCUGUUCUUCAACUUCGCGACGGGAAUGUUAUCAAGGCAAAGGUUGUAAUUGGAUGUGAUGGAGUAGAGUCUGUGGUGGCCAAAUGGCUAAGGUUAAAAGCCACAAAGCUUUUACCUUAUUGUGGAGUGAGAGGUUUCACAAAUUAUCCAAAUGGCCAUGAUUUGGGAAAUGAGAUCCUUAGAUUAAGUGGAGACCAAGCGACACUAUCAAGAACUCCGAUUGAUGAUAAGCUUGUCUAUUGGUUAUUAACCCGGAAAUGGACUCCUCAAGAUUCAAGGGAUUCAAAAGACACCAGGCUCAUUAGAGAUUCAACUUUGAAAUAUAUUAAGGAUUUUCCAGAAGAAGUGAUAGAGAUGAUAAACAACAGUGAACUUGGUUCCUUGACUCUCCACAGGAUGAGAUUUCACACACCAUGGGACCUACUUAUUGGAAAUUUUAGAAAAGGAAAGGUAACUGUUGCAGGAGAUGCCAUGCAUGUAAUGAUUCCACUCUUGGGACAAAGUGCUUCUUUAGGUUUAGAGGAUUCAAUUGUGCUUGCAAGAUGCUUGGACCAAGAGAUUUAUAAGCUUGCAGGUCCUGAAGAAAGUAGAAGAAAACAAGUGAUGCAAGAAAAUAAAAAUGUAGAAGCAGCUUUUGAUAGAUAUGUGAAGGAAAGGAGGAUGAGAUUGCUGAAGAUCUCCACCCAGAGUUACCUUACAGGGUUGCUCCAAAUGACUUCAUCUUCUAUGGUGAAGAUUGGAUUACUUCUCCUUCUCUUGAUCCUUUUUGGAAAAUCAAUUAGUCAUGCUAAGUAUGAUUGUGGCAGACUCUAAGUAUAUUUAUUCUUCAUAAACCUAACUGUUGCC